GUCGAGUAGCAACACUAACAAAAAAGAAAUCAAAUCAAUUAAACUAAGCAUUUCUUUGACUUUUUUGUUUUGGUAGAUAUUAAAUUAAUGUCUGUGGUUUUAGUUCCGAAUUUUUGGUUAAAAUGAAUUUAUAUGAAAUAUAAAAAAGUUUUUUUUUUUGCCCACUUAGGCAAAGGUUAGAUAAUAUUAGUUUGUGGUUAAUAUUAUUAACACCAUAAAGUGUAAGCACUUUUCUAGGCUAGGAGCUGGGUAUUUUUUGACGAAAUUUUUGGUUUAUCAUGUUAUCCUACUGUAUCUAACGUUUUCGACUGCUCUUAUCUAAAAUUCGGAUCAUUGGUGAUCGCCGGUCAAAUACUACGUAUGUGAAAAACAGUUGCCAAUUUAUUUGUAACGCAAAGGUUACAUGUAUUUUUAUGUACGACCAUAAUAGAACUUGUUCUAGUUGCUAUUGUGGCUAAGCUGUUCAGGCCUGUCCGAACAAGAUGGAUGAUCAAAUCAGGUGUUACAGUGAUAUAGCUGCAGAAGUGUAUAAUGCUGAGAAGGUUAUUACUGAUACAUCAUCAGAUCAGGUUGAUGUUGAAAAUGUGAUUUUAAAUUUAUAUCGCCAGUUCGAAAAAAAUGCUGCUAUUGACCCUGAUCUGCCAAAACUGAAUAAACAUGUUCAUAGUAAAGUCUUGAAAGCUUGGUUGAAUGGACUACCAAAGAGUUAUGAAUGUUUAGAUGCAAGCAGAACAUGGAUUGUUUACUGGAUCCUGCAUUCUUUAUGGCUUCUAAAUGAUAUGCCUUCUGAUGAUAUACUGUCAAAUGUGGUUCAAUUUCUUUCCCACUGCCAGCAUGAGGAGGGGGGAUAUGGAGGAGGACCUGGACAGUUCCCACAUUUAGGAACAACAUAUGCAGCAGUGAAUGCCCUGAGUAUAGUCGGCACUGUUGAGGCCUAUGAGUCAAUUGACAGGAGUACUCUACAAAAGUUUCUCUGGUCAUUGAGAAGUGUUGAUGGAGCGUUUGCUUUACACAGAGGUGGGGAGCAAGAUAUAAGGGGUGUUUAUUGUGCACUAAGUGUUGCUAAAAUAACUAAUACAUAUACUGAUGCAUUAUUUGACAAAACUGCCCAAUGGCUUGUCAGUUGUCAAACUUAUGAGGGUGGUUUUGCUGGUUGCCCGGGAAUGGAGGCCCAUGGUGGCUAUGCUUUUUGUGGAAUUGCAUCACUGGCAUUACUGAAUAAAUCUCACCUUUGUGAUAUUGACGCACUUAUAAGAUGGUGUGUGAAUCGCCAGAUGCGUAUGGAAGGUGGUUUCCAAGGAAGAACAAAUAAAUUGGUAGAUGGUUGUUAUUCAUUUUGGCAAGGAGCAGCCUUUCCCAUCAUUAGUGCUAUAUUAUCACAAGAUAACAAAGAACUUAUAGAAACAGUUUUCUUCAACCAAAGUGCUUUACAAGAAUAUUUAUUAGUUUGCUGCCAAGCCAAAGAGGGUGGACUUAUAGACAAACCGGGAAAACAUCGAGAUAUAUACCAUACAUGUUAUUGCCUAAGUGGCAUGUCAGUGGCACAACACGGCACAGGUGCUGGGGACCCCCACGUCAUUGGAUCACCACACAACGAACUCAACCGGAUUCAUCCCUUGCAUAAUGUUGCACCUCAUCUUGUAUACAAUGCUGUUCAUUACUUCAUCAGACAUCCACCACCAGUAAAAGAUAAAAACUAGUAUCAAUAUUAUAUAGUGUUGAAUUUUGCGUUGGGUGGACUUACAGAGGGCAGUGCCUCUGAAAAAGUUGGACAAUCAAAACAGUUUUCCUGUAUUUAAAUAUCAACAUGUACAAAUAAAUAAAUGGAUUGUUGCUACCUAUUGCAUUGUUUAAUGGAAGUGAUAAAAUGCAGAGCUUUUUAAAAUCAGUUGCCGCUAUCUGCAACAUCUCUCGCCAGCGGUUUAGCAUACAGCGUGCCUCGCGUUACCUCAGUCGCUCAGUCACUCAAAAAAUAAUAAUAUUUUUUGAGUGACGCGAGGCAAGUCACAGUGCCUUUCAAUUACACUUUAUCGUAAAUCUUAGAUACAGUAUAGUAAAAUAAAGAUUGUCAUAACAUGAAUACUCUAAGAAGCCCCUACUCUUAUAUCGCCUUUGGUAUCUGUUGCCUGCUUCCUGGCGCCUCCUAUCUCUUUCAUGAUCAUAGAUUGGAUGAGUCAGGUUUUUACACCAAGCGACUCCAGUCUUACCUCCCCAACCUAUGUAGGGUAACCUGACUCUAGUCAUAGAUGUACUAACAAUAACUAAACUCACAAUCCCUAGAAAAGUGUCCUUGAAUAUUAGGAUAAUGCAUACAAUUGUCAAAUAUUAAAGUAUAUUAUAGUGAAACAGCAAAGUAAUUGUAACAAUAUUAGCAUUUUUGAAUGGUAUAUCUGUUAAAUGACAAAUAAGGAUUGUUUUCUGUUUGAUUUGGCUCUCUUUGAAGUCGAUAUUGGAUCAUGGUAAUCAGCCGGUCAAAUUCUAGUGCCAAAAACCACACAACACUAGUGGGGUUAUGGUAUUGGCUUAAUAUGGGUUAUGUGUUUUACCAUCAUGCCUUAAAUUCUUAUUUUCCUUGUGGUUUUUUAUAAGAUUCCUUCUUAAUACUCAUGGCCUC